ACGAACAGACCUAAGUAUACGUUUUCUCGCUUCAACUUAUUACGCUAGUUCAGCGGUGCAGCGAAAACGAACAAACCUAUAUACUUGUCCCGCUUCAACUGAUUGCACUAGUUCAGCGACGCGAAAACUAACAGAUUUUAUUACAUAACCUAAAAGUAAAUAUUUUCUUUCGUAGGGACAAUUGAACCAUUUUGAUACUGAUUUCUGCUAGUAAAUAGAACCGCAAGGAAAAAAUGUUAGAAGUUGAAGAAGAAAGCGCAACAGAUGGUUUAAGAGAGUCAAAAGAGACCAAUAAUAUCAAAAGUUGUAACAAUUGCGGAAAAGCAUGUGAUCCUUAUGAUAAACCAGCAUUAAAUUGUAGCGGUGGAUGUAAUAGAAAAAUACAUAUAAAAUGCUUGAAAAGAGGCAGUGUACCAACUCCUUUUGUGGGAGAUGUUUUCUUCGAAUUUAAUUGUGCCUCUUGCAGUCAGUCAAGUGAAGAAACAGUAAUACGUGAUAAGAUGCCAUGGCUCAAUGUCAUUGUCUUAACGCUUUAUAAUUUACGUGAAAAAUCUAGUGGUAUCAGUAAUAGAGGAUAUUUUCAUUGGAAGUCUGAUAUUAGUACUUUUGUAGACAAACACUGGGAUGUUCUAUUUAAAAAGUCUAUCAAAAAGAAAAAAAAUUGGACUGGCACUAUUUCUGGCACAUUAUCUCAUUAUGGUGGAAUAUUUUUCAAAUCUGGCACUAUUGAAUUAAAAGAGUCUGGAUGGUGGAAAUUAAUGCAUACUGAUCCUCCGGAAAUUUUAAUUGCUAGAAAUAAUAAAGUGAUACAGGAUAGAAAAAAAAACUUGAGUACAAAAUUAUCUGGUAAGUCAUCUGGUAGUCCUGCUCAAUCAGACUCCAGCAUCUCUAUUGGAGAAGAUAGCAACUGUGGAAGAGAAUUGAUCAAGCAACAAAGUUUAUCAUCUCUAUAUUGCCAUGUUAAUGUUCAACCCACUGAUAUGUUAUCUGAUUUUGUAGUUGAAGAUAAUGAGCCACAUGAUUUGAGUACCGGGGAUAAUAUAAUGUUAAGUAGUAAGAACCAUGUUCUUUCAAUCUUUGAUUUAAUAUCCGACCAUCAAUAUGAAGAUACCAAUUUUUUGACACGACCAACGGACGAUUAUUGCGAGUGGUUGUGUAACAUGAGUCCUCCAUGGUUGAAUGACACUGGCAAUGAAGACAAAAACACAAAAGAAGAAGAAUAUGAUGAGGAUAGUAAUGAAAGUUCUGUUUCUAUACAAGAACAACCUAUAGCUUCAUUAUUCAAAGAAACAAGCCGCCGGAAAUGGCCUUGGUCCAAAAGAUCCGCCAUUACUGGUGCAAAGAUACCACGCAUGACACGCCAGGAAGAAGUUUAUUUAUUACAAAAAGUCAACAAGACUGAUCUCGACAAAGCAUCGCACCAUGUUAGAAGACUAUAUAGAAAAUUAGCAGUACGUAAAACGAAAAGAGAAUAUGGGCUACCUUUGUUGGACGUCGAUUGUUUAGAAUCAGAGUCAGGAGCAUCUAUGGAACUAUCGAAAAAUAACGACCGAGUAUUGGAUAGAUUUUUCGUCGACGAUCUGGGAUCCAUUUUUGAACAAAGGCUGCAAGGUUAUAGCGAACCUACAGCCGUGCAUAGUCCCUAUACGAAUAGACUUUUGAAACCGUUCAUAAGGCGAGAUACUUGCUCGCAGCCAUUAUGGUUAAAAAUCAUGGAAGAAGUAUGCAUGAAAGCGAAUCAAAAUAAUCCUGAGUGGAAACCGUCACCCAGGGCACCUAUCGAUUAUUCCUACGUUAAACCACAGCACAUCCCUGCAAUCAACAGUCUCUGCAAUCAAUUCUUUUGGCCUGGCAUAGAUCUAUUCGCAAUGUUUUUUCUUCUUGUUUUAGUGACCGAAUGUUUGCAGUAUCCAGACUUCACCUGUGUUGUAUUGUACAAAAAAUUAGUCAUAGGAUUCGCGGUAUUAGUGCCAGAUGUUGGAUACAAUGAAGCCUACAUCUCAUUCAUCUUGACGCGACCGGAAUGGCGAAAAGUCGGCAUUGGCACGUUCAUGUUGUAUCAUUUAAUACAGACAUGCAUGGGACGAGAUGUCACAUUACACGUGUCGGCUACGAACCCCGCCGUAAUAUUGUACCAAAAGUUUAGCUUUAAAGUAGAGGAAUUUGUUCAAGACUUUUAUGACAAAUACAUGCCGCCAAGUUCACGAGAAUGCAGACACGCCUUGUAUUUACGUCUAAACAGAUAAAGUAUAAAAUUUCUAAUCAAUUUAAAAAUGUCUCUUAAUACUUGUUUAAUUUGGCUCCCGGUUUAGCAUCACAUCUUUAGCGGAUUUGUUUUUGAUGUUUUGUGAAACAUUUCAGUUCACUUCUUCAGAAUAAAGAACAACUUAAAAUUC